AUUUGGGGGAAAUGAUGAAACUCAACAGGUGUCCACUGUUUGUAGCAUAAUGAGGCCAAGAUGGACAGGGACACAAUUAGUAUAUUGGUCUGUGUACAUAUUUAUUAUCUAGGCUGUGUCUGUAAAAAAAAAAUACACAUUGAUACUUUUGGGAAAACAGAAAUUGCUUGAUCUAUGCAAACAUGAAUAAACAUGAUAAAUAUGCUUGCUUUAGAAAUACCCUCAUGCAAUAAAGUGAAUGUAUACAAAACAUUUGAAUGGUUUAUUUGGAGAAGAAUCAUUCAUCUAUUGAGGUAUGGCUGGAAUCAGUGUAGUGUUAAACACAGUGAGUGGUUAGACAUCUACAGUACAUGCAUGGAUAAUACAAUCACAAAAAGGAUCCACAUCUCUCCUCAAUGAGGCCUAUUUUGAUCUUAGGUCAUUAGCUCAAAUGACACAAUGCCCCUCUGUCCUGAUGUUUUAUAAUCUGUUCUGUGGCUACACUGAUAUAAACUAUAUUAACUAUAUUAGCUACCCUCAAAUUUCCCUCUGGAUGAAUAAAGUAUCUAUCUAUCUGUCUAUAUUUGAGUUCCGUUGUCAUGAUAUUCAUGGUUUAACAAAUUAGGUUUUGUCAGCUUUGGAUGACAACACUUGGAGGAAGACGGAUGCACUUUAGCCUAAUGGAGCUGAUGACAUAGUCCUGUAAUCUGUUGGAGCCGUCAAGGAGCAAAAGAGCAUUGUAUGCGCGGGCCUCUCAUUUAGUUAAUGAUCACCGUCAAGCGGGGCUGGGAGAGUUCAAAGGUCAAAUCUUAAAGGCUGAAUCAGACACAUCAUAUGCAGCCUGAGGAGAAAGAGAGAGCUACAGCCGAGUAAGUUAUUGGAAAACACCAUGGUCACGAUCACAGAGUUUCAGAAGAUCGGCGUGGGCCUGACAGGCUUUGGAGUGUUCUUUCUGCUCUUCGGCGUGCUACUGUACUUUGACUCCGUCCUGCUGGCAUUUGGAAAUGUGCUGUUUCUGUCUGGCUUAUCCUUCAUCAUUGGCCUGAGAAGGACAGCACAGUUCUUCUUCCAGAGGCACAAGCUGAAGGCUUCCUCCUUCUUCCUGGGUGGUGUGGCUCUGGUGCUCCUGCGCUGGCCAAUCAUUGGCAUGGCAGUGGAGAGUUACGGCUUUGUGCUGCUCUUCAAGUCAUUUUUCCCUAUGGCGUUUGGAUUUUUGGGAUCACUGAUGAAUAUCCCAUACCUCAGCUCGGUAAGGCCGCUGGUUUCUUUGGCACUGUGGCGCUUUGUGGUGGGAGUAACAGAGGAGGAUAAGCAUGCAUUUGGGUCACCUGCGCUCAGUUAUGUCUGUAAUUAAUAAAUCCUCCAGAGCAAAGCAUCUUAUAACUACAUUUCUAUGGCUACAUCUUAUACACUUUACUUUGCUAUUGUAGACAUAUCAUUGGUUCAACUCAUUGUUAUCGAAGAUUGCUCAAUUAUUAUUUCUUUUUUUUUCUCAAUACUUACAUGUUGACAAAUGUCAAGUUUCUCCAUAUGACAUCGGCUGAUUUCAGUCUGCCUUAUGUGAGAUACGAUGAAGGCUGU